ACGUUUAGAAAAAAAAAAGAAACAAAUGACUGGUAGGCGGCGCACGUUAGUGCCCAUCAUCGACGCCUCUCCUUCUCCGCCUCCCUUAUCCUGCGCCGUUCUUCUCAACACUGCGUCGUCGUCCCCACUCCCACUCCCAAUACCAAAUUCUCUAUACUCUUCUUCUAGGGUUAGGGUUAGGGUUAGGGUUUCCAGUUCUUCAUCUUCCUCUCUAAUCUCCUCCACCCUUCCCCCAUCCUCUCGAUGCACUGCGGAGAUUCUGCGCCCCGUUUCUUAGGGUUACUGCACUCGCCGCAUCGCUCCCCCGAUUCACAUGGACCGUAACAGGCAAUCCAAGGAAUUGUUCUACUCCAAUCUCUUCAACCUCGAGCCGUUGCUGAACUUUCAACUUCCGCAACCGGAGGAUGAUUUUGAUUAUUAUGCAAAUAGUAGUCAGGAUGAGAGCAGAGGUAGCCCAGGUAGAACAAUCUCAAAACACAGUAAUGGUACCAUGACUAAGAGAGAGCUGAGUUUGGCAAGGAAAAGAAGGUGGUCCCUGAACAGCGACGAGGAGGACGAGGGUGUGGACGAUUACUACGGGACGCACGUUAGUGAAGAGCGGUAUCGACAAAUGCUCGGAGAACACAUUAAGAAGUAUAAGCGAAGGUCUAAAGACUCCUCAUCUCCCAUGCCCACACGCAUGGGGAAUUCAGUGCCCAAGGGCAACUCAAGUUUAAAAGCUCGGAAGUUGGGGAGUGAGCAACAAGGAGGAUUUCUUGAAGUGGAGACUGCUAAUGAAUGGCUCAAUGAUGUUAAUCCCCAUAGACCAGGAAGUCAUCGUGAUGCAGAUUUUGCUCCACGGCGUAGCCCUGACAGAGUAAUAUAUGAGCCUGCAUAUUUGGAUAUUGGGGAUGGAAUCACUUACAAAAUUCCCCCAACUUAUGAUAAGCUGGCUGCUUCACUGAACUUGCCAAGCUUCUCUGACAUCCAAGUAGAGGAAGUUUACUUAGAGGGUACAUUGGAUUUGGGGUCCUUAGCAGCGAUGAUUGCUGGUGACAAGAGAUUUGGAAUCAGUAGCCAAGCAGGGAUGGCAGAACCUCAGCCCCAGUAUGAGUCACUUCAGGCAAGAUUAGAUGCCUUGGCAGCUUCAAACUCGUCACAGAAGUUCAGUCUCAAAGUAUCUGAUAUUGGGCUUAAUUCAUCCAUUCCAGAGGGGGCUGCUGGAAGUAUUAAGCGAGCUAUUUUAUCCGAGGGUGGCGUGCUACAAAUAUACUAUGUGAAGGUUUUGGAGAAGGGAGACACUUACGAGAUCAUUGAACGUAGCCUGCCCAAGAAAGAAAAGGUAAAGAAAGACCCUUCAGUUAUAGAGAAAGAGGAAACAGAGAAGAUUGGGAAAAUUUGGGUCAACAUUGUUAGGAGAGACUUACCAAAGCACCAUCGGAAUUUCACAGCCUUUCAUCGAAAGCAGUUAAUGGAUGCUAAGAGGUUCUCAGAAACUUGCCAAAGGGAGGUAAAAAUGAAGGUUAGUAGAUCUCUUAAAUUAAUGAGGGGUGCUGCUAUUCGGACAAGGAAAUUAGCUAGAGACAUGUUGCUCUUUUGGAAGCGAAUUGAUAAGGAGAUGGCCGAAGUGCGGAAAAGAGAGGAAAGAGAAGCUGCUGAAGCUUUGAGGCGAGAGCAGGAACUUCGAGAAGCUAAGAGACAACAGCAGAGACUCAAUUUUCUUAUACAACAGACAGAACUUUAUAGUCAUUUUAUGCAGAACAAAUCAAAUUUGCAUCCUUCUGAGGCUCUGCCUUUGGGAGAUGAAAACCCAGAUUAUGAAGAAGGGACUUGGAAUUCAGAUAGUGUGCCUGUUGAGGAAGAAGAUCCUGAGGAGGCUGAACUGAAGAAGGAGGCACUUAGAGUUGCUCAAGAUGCAGUCUCGAAGCAGAAAAUGUUAACAAGUGCAUUUGAUGAUGAAUGCUCAAGGCUACGCCUAGCUUCUGAGCCCGAGGCUUCUCAAAAUGAGGUUGCUGGAGCUAAUAACAUAGAUCUGGUUCAUCCCUCAACCAUGCCUGUAACGUCAACAGUACAGACACCCGAGUUGUUCAAAGGCAGCCUUAAAGAAUAUCAGCUAAAAGGUCUCCAAUGGUUGGUCAAUUGUUAUGAGCAGGGUUUAAAUGGCAUACUUGCCGAUGAAAUGGGCCUUGGAAAGACCAUCCAGGCGAUGGCAUUUUUGGCCCAUUUGGCUGAGGAUAAAAAUAUAUGGGGGCCUUUUCUAGUUGUUGCACCUGCAUCUGUCUUGAACAACUGGGUUGAUGAAAUCAAUCGUUUCUGCCCUGACUUGAAAGCUCUUCCAUAUUGGGGCGGGCUUUCUGAGCGUACAGUUCUCAGGAAAAAGAUCAAUCCCAAGAAUUUAUAUCGCAGGGAUGCUGGUUUUCACAUCCUCAUUACCAGCUAUCAGCUGCUUGUUUCGGAUGAGAAGUAUUUUCGGCGUGUUAAGUGGCAAUAUAUGGUAUUGGAUGAGGCUCAGGCAAUCAAAAGUUCUACGAGCAUAAGAUGGAAGACACUGCUAAGCUUUAAUUGUCGGAACCGCUUGCUGCUUACUGGAACACCUGUCCAGAAUAAUAUGGCCGAGUUGUGGGCUCUUUUACAUUUCAUCAUGCCUACUUUAUUUGACAGUCACGAACAGUUCAAUGAGUGGUUUUCGAAAGGAAUUGAAAAUCAUGCAGAGCAUGGGGGUACUUUGAAUGAGCACCAGCUUAACCGUUUGCAUUCAAUUUUAAAGCCUUUUAUGCUACGGAGAGUGAAAAAGGAUGUAAUCUCUGAGCUUACAAGAAAAACUGAGAUUACAGUGCAUUGCAAGUUAAGUUCUCGGCAGCAAGCUUUUUAUCAAGCUAUCAAGAAUAAGAUAUCACUUGCUGAAUUGUUUGACAGCAAUCGACAUCUUAAUGAGAAGAAAAUUCUCAAUCUCAUGAACAUUGUCAUUCAGCUGAGAAAGGUGUGCAAUCACCCAGAGUUGUUUGAAAGGAACGAGGGAAGCACAUACCUGUACUUUGCAGACAUUCCAAAUCCUCUUUUGCCUCCGCCUUUUGGGGAAUCCGAGGACGUACACUACUCAGGAGGUCACAACCUCAUAGAGUUUAAGUUACCAAAACUAGUUCAUCGAGAGGUUCUCCAAAGUUCAAAACCAUUUGCAGUUGCACAUGGCAGUUUUGGAGGAUAUUUCCAGAAAUAUUUUGACAUAUUUUCUUCCGAAAAUGUUUAUCAAUCCACAUUCAUGCAAGGAGACAAUUUACAUCAUUCUUAUUGGCGAAGUGGUACUUUUGGUUUCACCCAUUUGAUGGAUCUGUCGCCUGCAGAAGUUACAUUUUUAGCCAAUAGUUCUUUUCUAGAACGGCUACUUUUCUCCAUAAUUAGAUGGGACAGGCAAUUUCUUGAUGGAAUCAUAGACCUCAUUAUGGAAUCCAAUGAUGAUCCAGAAUACACCUCUCUUGAGCUGGGAAAAGUGCGUGCAGUUACAAGAAUGUUAUUGAUGCCUUCCAUAUCUCAGACUAACUCACUGAGGAGAAAGCUUGCGACAGGGCCUGGUGAUGCUCCUUUUGAGGCUUUAGUCAUUCCUCAACAGGAUAGGCUUCAGUCCAAUGUUGGGCUUCUUCACUCAGCAUACACGUUUAUUCCAAGAACUAGAGCUCCCCCAAUAGGUACCCACUGCUCAGAUAGAAACUUCGCUUACCAAAUGGUUGAACAAUUGCAUGACCCCUGGGUGAAGAGGUUAUUUAUUGGUUUUGCACGAACAUCUAACUUUAAUGGACCAAGAAAGCCAAUUGGUCCUCACCCUUUGAUUCGAGAGCUUGAUUCUGAAAUACCAGUUUCUCAGCCAGCUCUUCGGUUGACAUACAGUAUUUUUGGGUCUUCUCCCCCAAUGCAAAGUUUUGACCCAGCAAAGUUGCUCACGGACUCUGGGAAGCUACAAACACUAGAUAUAUUACUGAAACGCUUACGGGCCGAAAAUCAUCGUGUACUUCUGUUUGCUCAAAUGACCAAAAUGUUGAACAUUCUUGAGGAUUACAUGAACUAUCGGAAGUAUAGAUAUCUCAGACUUGAUGGAUCUUCCACUAUAAUGGAUCGUCGAGAUAUGGUCAGGGACUUCCAACAUCGGAGUGAUAUUUUUGUAUUCUUGUUGAGCACAAGAGCUGGUGGACUUGGCAUUAACUUGACAGCUGCUGAUACUGUCAUCUUUUAUGAAAGUGAUUGGAAUCCGACAUUGGAUUUACAGGCCAUGGAUAGAGCUCACCGUCUGGGACAAACAAAAGAUGUCACCGUAUACAGACUAAUAUGUAAAGAAACAGUUGAAGAGAAGAUUCUUCAAAGAGCUAGUCAGAAAAACACUGUUCAGCAGCUUGUCAUGACCGGUGGUCAUGUUCAAGGAGAUAUCCUAGCUCCUGAGGAUGUUGUAUCUUUACUUCUGGAUGAUGCCCAGUUGGAGCAAAAAUUACGAGAAAUUCCUGUUGUGGCAAAGGAUAGACAAAAGAAAAAACAAGCAAAGGGUAUACGAGUUGAUGCUGAGGGUGAUGCAUCAUUGGAGGAUUUAACGAAUGCUGAACCCCGGGGAACAGAAUAUGAUCCAUCUCCUGAUCUAGAAAAAACUAAAUCCAGCAGUAAAAAGAGAAAAGGACCCUCUGACAAAAAAAAUCCAUCGAAAACUCGAAAUUUACAAAAGAUAAGCGAAACUAGUGCAGUGGUUGACUUUGAGUUGGACGACAUGCGGAAAAAUCUUGAAUCUCAAACUCAGAAACCAAAGAGACCAAAGAGACCAACCAAGAGUGUAAAUGAAAACCUUGUACCAGCAACUAUGGGGAUUUUGGAGCAGACUCAAUAUCCACAAUAGCCAGCAGUCAUGAGUCGGAUUCAGUGGGGGCAUAUGUCAUCCUGCGAAGCAACCAAACUUUGGUCAUGGAGUUUGAUCUUAUUGAUCAACUGCGUACGACAUUGAAGAUAACCUGGUAUAAUUCAUGCCCCUCGUUGGACUCAUGGCAUGGCCCCUACUGCAUUCCCUCCUGUUUAAGUACCCUCGAUAAGCUGGCACUGUUUGUUCGCCCGUCCAUGUCACGACGCUAAAAUGUUGCCCUUCCUGACUGUUUUUCUGCAAGCCAGUGGAGGAGAGCUCAAAAAAGAAAAUGGGAGAGGGAACAAGAGAGCUUGUAUAUAUUCAAUUCUUCACAUAUUAUGCUUGUCGCUGUCACACUACCAAUUGAUGAAGGUAACCUUAAAUCCUCUAUUUUUUUUUUCUUUUUUUUUUUCCGAAAAAAUCUUCUGUAAUUAUAUCAAUAUAUGUAUAAAUAUAUAUAUUUUUUCCGUCUAUAUUGUUGCCAUACAUAUUAAACUUCCAAGAUGAAUCUUCGGUGACAAAAGAAAGGAAUUUUCAUCA